AUACAUUCGCCAAUCGCGACUUAUUUUUACUCGCUCAACUAUUUUUGGAGAAGCGUCAAGUAAGUAAGCGUCAAGUAAGUAAGCGUUCCGAGACACUGCCAGUCCGAAGAAGACAACAUCACAAUGACGCGUUUCGCCCAUAAAGGAAACGAAAUAGCUGACUGACAUAAUGCGUGUUUCAAUUUCAAUACCCUACGACCCCAUUGUGUUUCACAAAUCAAACAGUUUUAUUCAGCACUAUACCUUCCGCGAUAUCUAACAUUGCGUUGAACGUAGUAUUAUUGGGUAAUAUUCCAAAGAGACGUCGUAUGCGGAACAGAUAACCCAUAUAGCACAGGAAGAUUGCAGGAAUAUUAUAUGAGAUUACACUGAAACAUUGUAAUAUUCUAUAUAUGAUGCGAAAUGUUAUUGCAACCUUGCCGCAAAAUUGUAACAACGUUAAAAUGUCCACUCUCAGAAACACUGUAAUAAAAUAUUAUAGCAAUGUUGCAUUGCAACUGACUGCCUAUCUGUAAUUACGAAAACUGUUUCACGCUUCGUAUGUUUUUUUCGUAUCCCUGCGUGGAUUUGGUCUCGAACGGCGGCCAAAUGGUCUAUCCUAAUAUGUAUCCGAUGUCCUUGAUAAUCGGACGGUAGAUACCACGGCUGAGUCCAACGACUAUGACGAUAUCCUUGUCACCUCACCUCGUGUAACUCAAAGAGAGCGGAAAAGCCAAUGUGAUGUCAAAAUAUAAUCAAAUUCUAGUUCGCCAAAAUGACGUCAAAUUGCAUAAACUUUUGAUAUUUACUUGACCCCGUUAAAAAUAUUGAUAAUCAAAACUUUAGACCAUUUUUUUUACAUUGAGACUAUCUAUUAAUAUAUCCAGCAAUAUGACUUCCUCUGACUUUCUAACGUCAAUAUGACGUCCCCUGACUGUGAGGUCAAGAUGCAGGUACAUGUUGUCAAGUUACACAUCAUCUAAUAUCCUCUCUUUUAUCUGAGAUCAUUUAGCUUAAAGUCAUUAGUUUAAAGUAAGAAUUAAUUACUUGGAGUGUAUAUAAGGAGAUGUUUCAUAACGACUGUUUAUUAGUCGAUUUUUCAUAUUCAACAAGUUACAUCCAGGUGACACUAAAAGAGCAAACAAACAUGAGAAUCGUCGUAGCGUUGUACAUUCUGUCUGCACUUUAUGCCGUAAGUCUUUUUCUUUUCUAAAAAAGUAAUAUUAUGUUUGAAAAUGGAGACGGUUUGUCUUCUUGUAAAAAUUUAAUUGAAAUUUUACUUUCGAGUAAAUGCAAUAUAACGCGUGUGUUAUGUAACAGUUACAUUGUUGAGUGAGAAAUUAUAAUAUUGAUGUUACGUUUUUGUUAGUGUUUAUUGGGAAAAAACCUUGCCGUAUGCUCCGUUCAGUGCGAUAUGUCAAUAAAGUAAACCAAAGCGCAGAAAUAUGCUUUACAGCGCUUUAAUAACGUACGAUAUUAGCAGGAAGUAAGAAUAUACGCUUACUCGAAGUAACGCAAACGCUCGACGUAACAUUUAUCGUUCCAUCCUAGGUCAACGCAUCUUAUAUACAUCCAAACAUGUUAAACAACGAACUGAGGUACGACUUAAAAAACAUACAACUAGGAAUCACACAAACCGCAUUAAAAGUCGAAUAUGUCAAUAAUAAAUUAAAAGCCGAGGCGCUUCGUCAAGUCAACGAUCUGUUUUUCGAACAAGGAAAAACUUGGCUAGACUACCUGCACUUUAUAAGAAAAAUGAUAAAGAUUCAAAUGAUCAAAUCUAUGUCGGAAGGCAAGAAUACGACCUUAUGCCUCGAUGAUAUCCAUGAAAUAGUUAAGGAUGCUGAGAAGAAUAUAAAAAACGGUAUAAUUGAUUGUACGUUUGAUGCGGCAUUCUUCAGAGACAGAGAUCUCUUCUACGAAGGCGUAACUUCUGAGGGAAAUAAAAUUAUCAAUAGUCUUGCCACGGACGAUAUCUUCGACAGAUGUGCCAACAACCACACUACCUCUGAGGAAAAUAUCUGUGUAGUUGAUGAGCUAAACACAGUCUUUCGCUCCGCGUGGCAUUUUAUGGAGAGCGUUGAUAACGUCAAGAUAACUAUGGUGACGCAGUCCAUGAGAACUGUUGAACGCACCGUCAAAUGUCUAACAAACCUUACCAAGAAGAUUCACGAGGACGGCGAUAAAAUCAAAUCGAAUAUUACGAAAUGCCUCGAAGGCCCGACCGACGUUUAGAACGCCAGCGCGAUGAUACAUUCGCCGAGCGCAACUUAUUUAUAUUCGCAAUUAUUUCUGGAGAAGCGUCAAAUACGUUCGGAGUACGUCAGUCCGCAGAAGACAACGUUACGAUGACGCGUUCUGUCUAUGAUAAAAACGAAAUCGCUAACUCACAUAAUACGUGUUUCAAUUCCAACACUCUGCGAACCCAGUUGUGUUCUACAAACAAAAUCAACUUUAUUCGGUUCUAUACAUUCUGCGAUCUCUAAUACACAUUGCAUUGAAAGUAAUAUCAAUAUAUAAUAUUCCAUAAAG